AUGCCGGCAAUACUACUACGUCCAAAUAAUUUUACUUCAGUGUUAAACUUUAGAUUAUUGGCGCAUUUGUCAUAUCGCAUGGCAUCAACAGAAGUAUCAUCAUCACAAGCAUCAGCGGCCGUAAAUAUUGAUGAAAUCAAAGAAUGUUACAAUAAGCUAGAUUUAGACUUCAAAAGCACAAAAGCUGCUUUUAAAGGCAAAAAAACAAGCGAAUUAUUACGUAGUCUUAUUGUACUUCCACUUUGUACAGUACAAACAUUAAGAACGAGGGAGGAAUUGCUAUUAGUUGGAUUGAAAAAAAUAUUUGGUGAAAAAUUAUAUGCGAAACUUCUGAAAUCAACGUUUUUCGGACAAUUUGUUGGCGGUGAAACGAUUGAUGAGGUGCAACAGACAAUGAAAAGACUGAAGAGUUGUGGAGUGAAAUCAAUUUUGGAUUAUUGCGUUGAGGCAGAUAUUUCUUCGGAUGAAGCUGAAAAAAAAGCAGUGGAAGGAAUAGUCGGAGGUGAAGCUAAAAUUGAGCCGGUAGGAAGUGUUGUUGACAAAGCAACGGUAGAAAAAACACUGCAGCGUUAUACGGUCCACAAAGAAUUUGGUGAUCGCCGUAAAGACGUUGUUAGCGCAAGAACUUAUUUUUAUGAAAGUGAAGUCCAAUGCGAUAAGAAUUGUGACAUCUUUUGUGCUAGCGUAGAUGCAAUAACUUCGGCAAUCGGCAGUUGGGGAAUUAACUGUAUCAAAUUAACGGCUCUUGGAAGGCCUCAGUUGCUCUUGAAAUUAUCGGAAUUGAUAGCGCAAUCGAAUAAUUUUUACAAAACACUAAUUGGCUCAUCCUGGGACGAUCUUUUGCUUAAUAAAAUCAAAAAAGAAGAAUUUUUGAAGAGAAUUGAAGAUCACGGUGUUCAAAUAGACGAAAUUAUGAUGCAAAAAUGGUUAGAAACAGUAGAUUUUGACGAGAAUGGCUUCGUUGACUUUUACGAUUGGCGUAAACUUAUCGAAGAACAUCAACGGCUCGAUCAAAUAUUUCAGGUGUACAAUGUCAAAACAAAAAGGAUGGAGCCGUUAUUGAACUGUUUGACAGAAGCUGAAUCUCGCGAAACUGUUAAUAUGAUGGAUCGUAUUGUGAGAACAAUUGAAUAUGCAAAAAAGCAUAAUUUACGUACAAUGAUUGAUGCUGAACAGACCUAUUUUCAAGCGGCUAUUUCGAGAUUAGCAAUGGCAAUGAUGAGGAAGUAUAACAAAGAAGACGCUAUAGUUUUUAGCACUUAUCAAGCAUAUUUGAAGAGUUGCUUAAGAAAUGUUGAAUUGGAUUUGCAUUUGGCUAGACGAGAAGGUUUCCAUUUUGGAUGUAAAGUUGUUCGGGGUGCAUAUAUGGAACAAGAAAGGAAACGUGCUGCUGCUUUAAAUUACGAUGAUCCAGUGAAUCCGAAUAUUGAAGCAACUGCAGAAAUGUAUAGAAAAGUGAUGCAAAGAAUAAUUAAAGAAAGUCAGGAACGAAGUCCUGGAAGUAUAUCGGUAAUGGCUGCAACACAUAAUGAACAAAGCACUAAAAAUGUGGUCGAGAUGAUGCGUGAAGCUAAUAUAUCACCUUCAAGUGAAACUGUCUCUUUUGCCCAACUUUAUGGAAUGUGUGAUCAGAUUUCAUAUUCACUCGGGAAUGCUGGUUAUUCUGUAUACAAAUAUGUACCUUAUGGAUCUAUCGAUAAAGUUUUACCUUAUCUUUCUCGCAGGGCACAAGAAAAUGCUUCUGUUUUAGGCAAAAUUAGACGGGAAGUCGGUUUAAUGUCCCGGGAAUUAUUACGGAGGAUUUUUACUUUCGGUGGAAGAUUCGAUUGA